UACUGCAGCUUUAAAGAGAAAUGAACCAAAAGACGCAGCUUAACUUCGCCUGCUGCUCCUCCUCCUCACUAAUUAGCAGCAGCUGCUUUUACUCACAGAUUGAGGAAAGGGUUUGGUAGAAGAAAGACAGCAGUCUGUUGCGAUGAAAACAAAGUGGCGUCUCUAUAUCUUGUGGAGUGUUUUAUCACUUGGCCUCCUCAGCUGUGUAGCGGACACUUAUGAAUCUCCAUUUACCAGAACAACGAGGAAACAGGUCAUCAAACCAAUCAGACAGCCGAGUAAAUCCUCUCAGAGGUUCUUCUCACCUGCCGGCACUCCUCCGUUGUCUCAACUCAUACACACACCUCCAUCCAUGCGUCCAGAGCCAAAGAUCCAGUCGGACUUUGCUUACCUGCCAGAUGUUUCUGUGACCUGCUCCACGCCUGACCUCGUCGUCCGGGUCAAACCGUCUUUCUACGGUCUGGGAGCAGGAGCAGAGGAGCUGAAACUAGGCAACAGCUGCCAUAGCAACGGUGUCCUCCGACCAUACGGUGACCUGCUCUUCACCUAUCCUCUGACGGCCUGUGAUGUCGUGCGUGAGUCGCCCCGAGGUUAUCUGCUCUACAAAUUCGUGCUCCAUUACGAGCCGUCGCCAAAACGUUUCCCAAGCAGAGCACAGCGGAUCGAUGUCGACAUUGAAUGCCGCUAUCAAAGGAACCACCAUGUGUACCAGCUGACUGUGAAGCCCACCUGGGAGACUGCUGUUGUGCGUAAAAGGCUGAAAGGAAGUCCAAAUGACUUCCAGAUGGAGUUGAUGGACGAUUCAUGGAGCAGACCAGCUAAAUCUCAGGUGUACCAGCUUGGAAGGACUGUUAACUUCCAGGUCUCUGCUCCUCAUCUCUUAACUGGUGGAAAACUGUACAUCAACACCUGCUAUGCUAAACCAUCCAGUGGCUCUGAAUCAUCUCUCAAAUACACCAUCAUUGACAAAUUUGGCUGCAUGCUGGACAGCAAGAGCGACCCCGGGGCCUCUCAGUUCAUCUCUCGGACAGACAACACCUUGAGAUUCUCCCUCAAGGCUUUCCAGUUCACUUCAGACCCUGACACAGAGGUCAGUGUUCACUGCAAAUUAUUUGUCACAUCUGAGGAUCCGGGUCCUGCACACAAAUCAUGCACCUACAGAGGGAACAGGUGGAAGGCCCUCACUGGCGACGACUCCGUAUGUGAAUGCUGUGAUUCGCAAUGUGUGACCUCUAAACCCCGGAGAGCCAUGAUGGAAGGCUCUGCCAGCAGUGGGUCAUUGCUGGUCUCUGAUCAGCCGUACACAGCAGAGGAUGGCUUCCUACCAGUCAUCAUGAGCAGAGAAGGCGAGGUCACAGUAAAUCACAGUCAUGAGAACCUGUGGGAAAGUGCGGAUGCAGUAAAGUAUGAUGAUGACGACGAAGAGCAAGACUACGCAGAUGAAGAAGAAGAGAAGCAGCAGCUUGAAGAAGCUGAGGAAGAAAGUGGGUUUAUCCUUGGAGUGAUGACAGAACCUGAUCUAGAUGAGUUAGGUUUUAGGGAGAGGGUCUCAAUGGAGGAGAAGGAGUCUGGAGUGAAGGAUUCAGAUCAGUUCGAAGAGGAUGGGUCAGGGUACGAAGUACUAGAGGAGAGUGACGAGGAGGAGGAGGGAUUUGAAGGAAGAGAAGAUGAGAUCCAUUUGAAUCAAAAGGAAGCUGAAGUGUUGCGUCAUUGGGUGCAGUUGGAGCAAAUGUUCCCAUCAGGAGUCGGCAUACAGAGAGAGUUAAAGCCGCUGGUCUCUGAAGGAAACAGGAAGCAUACAGGUAGAGGUGAAGAGGAUGAUGGGGUGAUGGCCUCUGAGGUGGAGAGGGAGAAUGAUGAUGGUGAGAUGACCUGGUAUUUCCCGUGGAGGUAGCAUUAGUUUAAUGAUCUGCUCAAAGACUGUUGUAACCCUCCAUAAUGGAAGGAUAUUCUGAAUUAUUUCAAUAAAAAUAUGAAAAUGCA